AUGCCAACCCAGUACUAUCGUAUCCGUGGAGAGGCUUUCUGCCACUGCGACCCGCGCCCGAUGCCAGUCCAACAGCAUCAUUCGCAUGGUGGCCAGCCCCAUCGUGACCAUAUGGUGGUGCAUCGUCGCCAUUUCCACCAAGAACAAGAACAAGAGAAUGAGCUGGAGCAGGAGCUGGAGCAAGAGAAGAAACAGGAACAAGAGUGCCACAAAGAAGCAGACACUUCUGUUGCUCGCCCGCGUCCUGUUCACCGCGCCGUUGGUCACACAUCAGUGUUGCCACGCCACGGCGACGCCUCCAUAACUGCGCAUUCUGUUGCCCUUCCGCCCGCCCACGUUUCUGGCAACGAGAUGGUCCGUUCUCUGUCCUGUUCCCAUUCUACGCAGCCAGUGUCGUUGUCGAUGUCGUUCUCGUGUGCUGCACGACCGGCUGGUCUGCCCGCACCACCGGCCCCUUGCCGUCCUGCCUAUACAUUGCAGUCGCCGCCGCAGCAUCACCAGGUGACUCGUACCCGCCCAACGCAGACGAGCUGCCCAUCCGUUGCGUCACGUCUCUCGUCGCCUCGCCAAGGUGACAACCGUACUAUGUCGCCGUCCUCUUCCUUGCCUCCGUCCGCCCAUCACGGACACCACUGCCUUUGUCUGCUGCCGCUGGUGGACAGCGAAGACGACAACAACUCCCAGGCCACCGGAGCCACCAUGUACGGCACGCCCGCCAACAGCAGCCGCUUUGCGCAGUGGCUCGACGAAAGCGUCCAUGUCCCGGGCCGUGUUGAGCGCUACAACAUGGCCGACUGGGAAGAGCACCCCCGAUUUCUCCGUCCUCCCCGGCUGCCAUGCGCUCCUUCCCCAUCUGUCCCUCAACGCCCAUGCUCCCUGGAGACCGGAAGACCAAAAAACCCAGGCACGUUGCUGCCUCUUGCCUCUUUGGGUUCCUUCCUCAUCUGGCGAUUUGUCGCUGUUGUCUGCCUUCUCCUGCUUUCCAUAUAUUUGGCCUUUUUGGCCUUUUCUCCCUCUCACUUUUCUCAACUUUUCUCUCCUUUCUCGUCAUUCGAUUUUGUCUAG